AUGCAGGCCAAGUUCACUCUCGUUGCGGCCCUUGCCGCCAUGGCCUCCGCCGCCGUUACUGGCGAGAGGGGCCGCUUCGGCUGUGGCACUCACGAUCCCACCCCUGAGCACAUUGCGAUCUCCCAGAAGCUCGCCGAGGAGGAGGCUGCCAACGCCACCAGCGGCAACUUCAGACUGGCUGCUGCGGCUACCAUCAAUGUCCCCACCUACUUCCACGUUGUUGCCUCCUCCCAGACCGUGGCUAACGGCUACAUCACCGACAAGAUGCUGUCUGACCAGCUGGCAGUCAUGAACAAGGACUACGCCCCUCACGGCAUCUCCUUCACCCUGGUCCAGACCACCCGCACUAUCAACCCCACCUGGGCCCAGGAUGGCAAUGAGAUGGCCAUGAAGACUGCCCUCCGCAAGGGCAACUACGGCGCCCUCAACCUGUACUUCCUGCGGGAGGUCGGCGGUGACUUUGGCUACUGCUACUUCCCCACCACCGCUGCCGCCGGUUCCACCGCCUACAUCCGCGAUGGUUGCACCAUCCUCUCCUCCACCGUUCCCGGUGGCAGUGAGACCAACUACAACCUUGGCAAGACCGUCACCCACGAGGUCGGCCACUGGUUCGGUCUCUACCACACCUUCCAGGGUGGUUGCACCGGCAGCGGUGACUCCAUCGCCGACACCCCUGCUCAGGCCAGCUUCUCUACCGGAUGCCCUACCGGCCGUGACUCUUGCCCCAGCCAGGCCGGCCUUGAUCCCAUCCACAACUACAUGGACUACUCUUAUGACUCUUGCUACGAGGAGUUCACUCCCAACCAGCAGACUCGCAUGUACAGCUUCUGGAACCAGUACCGUGCGCGUGGUUAA